AUGAACAACCCCGACCCCACCCAAUACGACCAACUCUACGGCUAUGCCCAGAGUCCGGCGCGCCUCACCAAUUCGGAGAUCACGACGUUGACCGCCUUUCCCACAAUUCAGCAUGCUCCGACCGAGUACACGGCGGUCCCGACCAACUAUGACAUCUACCGCUAUCCCUACAAUUACUACAUCCAGACGGAUCAGCCGGUGUCGUCGGGGGCGAGCAGUGUGGCGAUUGUGGCGAGUCAAGUGCCGCAUCAGGUGUACAACGAAUUCGGGGGCAGUUCGAGCAGUUUUCGGAACGAAUACCAAAUCGCGCAAGGAGAGCAUGGGCUGGUCAAGGUGGAGGUGAAAAACGAAAAGGAUGGUGGGUAUUUUUGGAGGGGAAAAUGAAGCACUAGGCCUUCCGAAAAGUCGCUGAAAUUAUUUUUAGUGUUUGCACUGUGCAGAAAAUUCAGGGUGAGAGUGACAGCCCAGAAAAGUCUAUUGCACGGUGCAAAAUGCAAGAAAUUGCAGAGUGCAAAGAAAAAUUUUGUUUUCGAAUAGUGCAUGCCGCAAAAAUCACUUCAUUGACUUUGUGAAAGGCCUAGUAAAAAGGCUGUAAAACCAGCUUGGGGCUACAAGUCCUUCUGGAAAGUCGCCGGACUUUUUGCACCGUGCAAUAGACUUUUUUCGGCUGUCGCUCGCACUCUGAUAUUUUCUGCACAGUUCACGUCGCCGAAAUCACUCCAGCGAUUUUCCGGAAGGCCUAGUCCAUAAAGUCCGUAGAAUUUUUUUUGGCGACGUACCGGGUGCGUUCGCCGAAAGUGCAUGUCGCUAGUGCAAAUUCACAGCUUCCCGUGCGAAAAAAAGAAGAAAACGCACUGUGUAAAAUUCUACGGACUUAUGGCGCGACUAGUAUGGCCACACAGACAUUAUUUUUUGAGAUCGAAGUUUUUAAAAAUCUAAAAAAAAAUAUUUUUCUUUUUUUUUUGAUUUUCCACAAAAAUAGCUUUAAUUUUGCCCGAAAUUGCCACAGGCAAUAUUUAAAAAUGAUUUUGGUUUUAAACUUUCUGUAAUAUUCCAACUGCUCGACCAAAAUUUUCGUUGUUUUCCCAGAGAAAAUGGGAAAAAAAAUUUAUUUCGCAAAUUUUCGACAAAAAAUGAUGAUAUAUUUUUCAAUUUUCAAGUUCAAAAAGCCCAGUAUUCUGCUUCAGACGUCUCCCUUGGCUCAGUUCACAAUCCAAACGAUCGAAAUACCCCAUCGGACUCGAGCAUUCUCAACCUCACGGACCAUGAGCAGAGUAGUGAAAGUGCUCCAACCACCUCAACUGGAAAGCGAUGUAAGUGCAAGUAUAUUGGAUGAAAUGCAGGCCUUUGCAAUUCGCAAAAUGUAGAGUGGUAUAUUUCAGGACAUCUGCGAGAUCUUUAAGUUUUAUUUUGCUCAAAGUUUUCAGAUUUUUUGGCCAAAAAUGGGCAAAAAAUGCCAAUUUUUUCUGAUUUUCAGUUUGAAAAAUUUUUUUGUCUAGCGUAAUUUUUCUUUUGCAAAAAAAUGUCCACUCACUUUAUGAAAAUACUAAUAUAUAGUAGUAAUUUCCCUUUCAUUUUUCAGCCAAAUUCUCGCAAGACCGGCGAAAAGCCGCCACACUGCGCGAACGCCGACGUCUGCGCAAAGUGAACGAAGCCUUCGAGCUGGUCAAGCAGCGCACUUGCACUAAUCCCAACCAAAGACUCCCCAAGGUCGAGAUCCUGCGCGGCUGCAUCGACUACAUAAACAAAUUGGAGGGAAUGCUCCAGGCCCAAGGCAAAAUGACCACCAUUAUGGCGAGGAAUGCCGGAAUCCCCAUUGAUGGUGAGGAAUUGAACGAUUUUUUGAUGGAAAAAUUUGGAAAAAUCGAAAAAAUGUGGAUUGAUCUUUUAAGAGAAAAAAUGAAUUAUCUCAAAAUUGGCAGAAAAAUAGGCGAUUUUUUGGCGGAAAAAAUAGAAAAAAAAAUAUUUUUUUGCGAAAAAUUCGAAAAAUUCAAAAAAUUAUUGAUCGAUUUCUUGGAAGAAAAAAUUGGAAAAAGUAUUUUUUUACAAAAAAUAAGCCAUUUUUUGAUGGAAAUUUUUUUUAAAUGUGAUUUAAAAGCGGAAAAAUUUUGAAAAAUUAUAAAAAAAUGGGGAUCGAUUUUUUUGAGGAGAAAUUAGGAAAAAAAUUUGGAUGAAAAAUAAGCGAUUUUUUGGUGGAAAAAUCGGAAAAUAAAAAAAAAAAUUUUAGGAAAAGAAUGCGAUUUUUUGAUUGAUUUUUUAAUGUGAUUUUAACGCGAAAAAUUUUGAAACAAUCGGAAAAAUGUAGACCAAUUUUUUCACGGAAAAAUUGAAAAAAGUUUUUGAUGGAAAAAAUUAAAAAAACUUUUUUUUAUCAAAAGGUUAGUAAAAAUAGCAAAUUCAGGGACCUCUGGCUCGUUUUUCCUCACUGACCCGUAUGGCCAACAACAGCAUAUUGAGCUAGAGCCGCAUAUCCACGAUCAUCAACAUAGUCAUCCUAGGGCGAUGGAAGAGGUCCCCAAAUAUGCGAAACAGUCGAGGCAACGGGUCCAAAGCAUCCCGGACACCAUUGGCGCCACUCCGGCCAAGCGGCCGAAAACAAAAUCUCAGUCAAAGUAAGGGGCCUUUUGCAAACCAAAAUUUUCGAAAUUUGAAUAUUUAAAUUUUAAUUUAAGUUCAUGAAAUUUUGACGAUGAAAUUUUUAAGACGAAAUUUUAUAUAUUCAAAUAAUAAAAUUUCAAAAUCUUCAAAAAAAAUUUUUAAUUAAAUUUUAAAAUUUGAAUAUUCAAAUUUUUUACCCCAAAAAUACCUUAAAUCACACUGAAAUUUUUUUUUCAGAGCCCACGAAUUAACUCCUCAACCUCAAGCCAGUCAAGUCAUCGAAUCUCAAGGCAAGCCGGACCUUGCUUCCCAUUCUCAACUCCCAAAGAAAAAGGAUUAA